AUGAAUUGUCGACCAGCUCUUAGUCGUCAUCUCAAGUUUGCCAUAGCUCCCGUGAGCACGCCCAGUCUUCCUUACCGAUUCUCACUAGUCAAGGGAGGAGAGUUUAAAGCUGAUAGUUGGUAUGGAUCCAUUCAACGUAAAGAGUUCUGUUUGGUAGCUAUUGUUGGAGAGAAACGUCUACCCAAAUCAUCAACUAAUGGAGACGAGUCAGAGGAAGAGGAGGAGGAGCAAGAGGAAGCAGUAGAAGAGGAAACUGAGGAGGAAGUGGAAGAUGGCGAUAGUGAUUCAUCCAGUGAUUCUGAUAAGACUAAAGAUCCACCAGGAGGUAGGAGUGGAGGACAAGGAGAGUCUACUAGUAAUGAGGGAGUAGAGGAAGAGGGGGAGACUGGAGGUGAGCCAUUACAUGAGGAAGGAAAUGAAGAGCAAGAUAAUGAAAGAGUAGAAGAGUCAAAGGAUCAUGAAGAACCACAGCAUGAAGAAGCAACAGCUCCAAAACCUAGUACUGAGAGUAAAGUUUCCACUGGUGUAGUUGAAAAUAUGACAUAUACUGGACUUGUUUAUUAUGAGAAGAAAGAAGCUGAAGAUUUGGUAACAUUUACUGUCGCUAAAGAUCUUAAUGCACUGCUUGAGUUUAUUGAUAAGAGACACUCUCGAGCUGAAGUUGACCAAGAUAUUCUAUUUCGUUUCAAAGACCAUGAUGGAUAUAUUGAAUUAAAGUUUGAUGCUCCACAAGAUGAUCCAUUCACAGGUUGGAGUAUUAAGCCUCACCUUAAGCCUUGUAGAUUUCUACGUUGUGAUGUUGAUAAGUUUGGUGAAGCUAAAUAUCCUUUUCCUUCACGUUGCCUGAUAUCAAUAUAUGCAUCACCAAAUGCUGUACCAUCACUACAUUACUCUGUACCACUGGAUGGAGUGGCUGAUCCUGUUACAUUAUUCAUUCAUCGAUCAAUGAGAACUGCUCCUCCUCCUCCUUUAACAGUACAAGGUACUAGCUCAAGCUCCUCUACUGCUAGUAUCAGUCAAACCAGGAGAGAGACUGAAGAAAGUACAUUUAGAUCUGAUAUUGCUCAUAGAGUAAUGAUGGAGAAUAUUGUCCUGAUAAAAGAAACUCAAGUUGAUCUUUACUUUUUAGCCGAUAAACUUUUAGAGAAGAGUAUCAUAAAUGGAAGAGAGAGAAGUCAAGUAACUGAUGAACACUGUGGACUGACAGCUGAUCAAAGACUACAUAAACUACUUAACAUUAUCAUAGGAACCAUUAGAGUGGAUGGAGAAGUAUUUGGUAUAUUCUUAGAUAUACUUAGAGAAGAAGGUACUAGAAGAACUAUUAAACUAGCUGAUAAACUAUUAGAAAAAUAUAAUAAUAUUUAGAUAUUAUGUUCAUUAUUAUUGUUGUUGUUGUUUUGAUUAUUGUUGAUUUUAUCAAAGCAAUUGCUUUUUGAAAA